AUGAUAGAUUUUCCCAAGGAGGGAACAAGAUCCAAAACUCCAGACUUCGUCCAGUUGAUUGACAUGGCAUCUGAGGCAGUAGGAGGAAAGGUUUUAUUUUCAACAGAUGAUUUUUUCGCUCCUGCAGAAAACCUUAUAAAGAAUGAAAGUCCAACAUUUAAAGAACAUGAAUACACAGAGUUUGGGAAAUGGAUGGAUGGAUGGGAAACCAGAAGAAAAAGGACACCAGGUCAUGAUUGGUGCAUCAUCAAACUGGGAGUACAGGGGAUUAUUCGAGGCUUUGAUGUGGACAUUUCUUAUUUCCUUGGAGAUUAUGCGCCUCGAAUUUCAAUUCAAGCAGCUAAUUUGGAAAAAGAUAAUAAACAACCAGAAAUUCCACAAAGAGGAGUCAGGACAGGAACCGCAGCCACACCUCAGGAGUUUGAAGCCGUUGCCAAGCUAAAGUCCAACAACUGGAAUUACUUGGUUCACAUGACAGAACUUAAGUUAGACAAGCCUGAUUCCAGCCACAAUUACUUUUCUGUUAAUUCUCAGCAAAGAUGGACUCACAUAAGACUCAACAUUUUUCCAGAUGGUGGUAUCGCACGUCUUAGAGUAUAUGGUAUUGGACAAAAAGAUUGGACACGGAUUGACCCCAAAGAACUAUUGGACUUAGUGGCCAUUUCUUUAGGGGGCACCUGUGUAGGAUUUAGUAAUGCGCUUCGUGGGCACCCAAAUAAUAUCAUAGGACUUGGCCAGGCAAAAUCUAUGGCGGAUGGUUGGGAGACUGCAAGAAGAGUAGACAGGCCCCCAAUAUUAAAGAAUGAUGAGAAUGGCACCCUCCUCAUUCAGGGUUGUGAAUGGGCAGUUUUCCGACUGGCACAUUCUGGUGUAAUAACACACAUUGAGAUCGAUACAAAACAUUUCAAAGGCAGUUCUCCUGAUAGCUGUAAAUUAGAUGGUUGUGUCUUGACGACUCAUGAGGAGGAAAACAUGAUGAGGCGAAAAUGGGUUCUUCCAAUCCAUAAGUGGAAGCCACUGCUCCCAAUCACAAAGCUGUCUCCCAAUGAAAGCCAUUCCUUCAGUAGCCUGACCCUGCAGCUACAGGAUGUCAUCACUCAUGUGAGGCUCACCAUCUCUCCUGAUGGGGGUGUGAGCCGCCUCAGACUCAAGGGCUACCCCAGCUCCAUCUGCCUACUGUGUCCUCGGGAGAGGCCAUCAUUGAGGUUCUCAGUUAAACCAAUGCAUUCUGAAUGUUCCAUGGAGGUACUAGCUGCUGCUAGUAACCGGUGGUUUUCAGACAGUAUUAUUUUUGGGGCAGUUUUGACUGAUCUGAUUGACCUGACGACCCACUCCCCCAACAUUUUCGUUGCUGAAGGUUUGCCCAGACCACCCAACCUGGUGUACCACAAUGGGGACCAGUUUUACGUGGGCAAGAAGUUCUUCGAGGUGUUGCUGGAGCAACUGACCCAGCAGUUGGAAGUGUCUUUCGGGAUGGAGGACCGGCGAGCCAAGCCACCAAAGUCCUUGCACUCCUGGUGCACAAUCCUAUGGGAAGGGCAGGGCACCUACAUGAAAGGGUCCCCGGAAAGGGAGCUGGGCAGCUCUUCUCCAGACUUUUGCAAAGCGGGUCUAGACUAA